GGUGAGUCGUCCGUCACAAAGCGACCCAUCUUGGAUAUUCUCGUUUCAGUGGUUCCGCAAGGUUCAUGUCUGUAACCCGGCAAAGAUAAACUAAGAAGCGGAUAGCCACUUUUAGUUUCCGGAACACUAAUUAUACCGACAUUAUUUGUUUACCUUCCCUGGGAACUAUCUCACACAGCAAAAAUGGCUGCGCGUCGCUCAAAAAGUUGCUAGCCUAGCACAAGUGGUUGUCGCUAGCUGCUUGGAGCUAACCUUAGCAAACGGACUACUGAACGAUCUGAAUAUUUCUGAUGAUGUAAGCACUUUUUCCUUCACGCAUCCACCAGCCUAAUUAUGGACGUCUAAAUGAUUCGGACCACUAUCUUAAACGUUGAAUGGGUGAGAUGAGAAGUAGUAAGAGGGCUCUGCCCCUUGGUGUCACAGUUCAUCAGCACACCGAUCACAACAUUGAUACAGAUUUACCAACUGCAUGGAAGAGUCUGCCUCAGUCCAAAGCUGCUCUGCGACGAAUAGAGAACCAUGUGGAGGCAGUUCCCGGGACAACAGCACUGCUCCUGUCUGUUAUGGACCCGCCCAAGAAGAAGCUAUCAGUGUCAGUCCGCAGCAGAGAUGAGACGAGAGGGUCCUCGAAGUCCAAAGAACAUCGUCGGUCAAGUUCCAAAAAGAGACGCUCGCGCAGCCCACUAAGAAAUACCACGCAAGACAGCAAUGUUAGCCAGCACAAUAGUAUGGCGCUCAGGGAACAGCUGUCUUCGUAUAGAGAGACUGCCCCUCCAUCACCUCCCUCAUUUGAGCUGGAGGCUUAUUGGCUGCAGUCAAUGUCAGGGCCUUUGUCCCCAUCCUCUGACGCUCUGUUUAGGGAGCCAGUCUACCAGAAAGACAUUUCGGACAAGGGGACAGAUGGGCACCAGGACAUCACACGCUCUGGAGACUGUACAGAGGUCUGCUACCUCAAUGACCAGCCCACUGUAGACACCCUGCAGACUUAUGCCAACCCGUCACAUGCAACAAGUUCAGUCCCAGCUAUAGAGAACAGCAGUCCCGAGGCACAAAUCACCCUGAGCGUGGAUAUUCAAAAGUCCCGCACGUUUCUACCUCCUGCCUCUGACUUGAUAUGUAGAUGGGAAAGCACUCCUUCCACUAGUCCAGGCUCAGAUUCCCAGCGUUUGGAAAACCUGAGGCGACACCAACCGGAUGAGAAGCUGGAAAAGCUUAAAGAGCGUAUUCGAAAGCAGGUUAAACAUCAGGAGGAAGCUGCAGAGAAGGAAAAAGUGUUGAGCCGUCUUGAGCAGCCACUAAUGGCCACCAAGUGUAACAAUGGGGGCACUACAGCCAAAAUAAGGAAAGUAGCAGCUGCACCACAAGCGCCUACUUACAAAGGUUUCAGCAAAACUGAGACAAGGACCCGUACCCCUCGUGGGAAUGCGUUAAAAGAUGAAACGCUUCACAGCUUAAACAGGGACACGGGUAAAGACCGGUCAAAGCAGUUUGCUGAAAGCUCACCACCCAGGCUGCUUCGGGAAAGGCAUCGUUCUGUAGAGAGAGAAACUAAACCAACCAGAAAAAUCCACAAAGCUGCCUCUGGCAAAAAUGCAAAAACAGUGAUUACCCCUGCUUCCUGGCGUGAGGGCUUGAAGCUGGUAAACAAGGUACUUGGUACAGCUCCCAAGAAACCAAGGGAGAAGAGGCACCAACUCGAUGACAAACCACAACAAACAGCUUCCCAUUGGCGUUCCAAUAUUGGAGGCUCUGAAGCAAACCACCAAUCUCAUCCUACAAGCACAGACAGGAAUCACUGUGCAUUUCAGGGUCAAUCCAAAAGCCACUCCACAUCCCUUUCUAGCCCAUCGUCUGCUGGUCCAGACAAGUGCCCAGUGCCUUCACGCAAAGACUUAUUGUCAGCAGACAUCCAGGCCAUAUUUGAUGGCCCACGGCUUGAGUGCAGAGCAGCCGAGGAGGAGGAGAGGUCUCGGCCAAGAUCUGGGAAAGGUAAGGGCAGUCAGAGGGGGAAUGCAAGGUCAUUGUCUCAAACAAGGACUCCUCUCUCCUUCUCUGGAAUUACGGUGCCAACAUAUGGCACCUCAAGAGGCUGCCGUAGUGCCAACCCCUCCCCAGAUCGACCAGAGUCGACUAAUGUGGCUCAGGAGAAAAGGCGCCACUAUGAUUCAGAUAAAAUUCGUCAGUACAUUGUUAAGCAGAAAGAGGCGAGAAAGAGACGACAAGCAGAAGAGAAGAAAUCCUUGAAAGAGGAGUCAGACAAAAGAAACCAAAGGCUGCAGGAGCUCUACAGGAGGCAAAAGGAAAUGGCUAAAACUGUAGUCACUCCCUCCGAGGCAACCGCGACUCCUUGGCAGAAUCGAUAUAGAGAGGAGACCUACAACCUUCUGAGAAUGGAUGAGACUCAUCUCGAAGAGGCCAUACAGAUGCAAUCAUCUGUUGCAUCAAAUCAACUGAGACCAAUGUACCAGCCGUCUGGAGAGUCUGAUAAAGAGAAUAAGAAAAUGGACCUACCACAGAGCCCCUCAAGCAGUGACAGGUCUUUGACCGAUCAGCUAUCUCCUCAAUUAGCCAGGGGUGAUUUGGAUAUUGGAGUUACUUCUAGACUUAAUCCUGACCUCAGCCCAGCUGUUCAAUCCCUCUCUGCCUCCAGCACUGGUGCACUAGGGUGUACAAGUUAUGGCCCUCUCCUUUCUCGCCCUCUGAGGCUGGAGAACACAGUAGAAGCUGGUAAUGUCAAGCCUGCCCAUGCAGAAACCCCUGCCUGGUCUCAGUCAAGGAGAUCCCGCAUUGACGCCCUCAAGGCCACGGCCAUCUCCCUCUCUAACCGCAUAGAGAGUGAAGCCCGGCAGAUAGCUCGGGUGGGAAUCAACUAUGGUGAGGCAACGUCUUUGGAAACGGAUAUUUUGGCCCCAAGGUCCAUUUGGGCAAAUCUUGACGAGAGAGGCUUGGCACCUGGACAUGGCACAUUUGAAAAUAACGACUUGACGUCGAGGAUCCAGAAACUUAUAACAAGCGCAGGUCUUAGUCCAUAUAAUAGCGCCUCCCUUUCGGGAGCUGGGAAUUUGUACACCUUCAAAGGGCAACCACAGCAAAUUACUGCUGAUCGAACAGAGUACUCAUCUAACAGCUAUAGACUAGAUAUGAACCAAGUCAAUGGCUUAGAGGGAGCAGAUGACAUGCCUCACAUUAGACCUUAUAGACCAGCUGAGGGCAAUAGGGAGAAUAGGACAGAUCUACGCGACUCAAGUGGAGGUUCUAUCAGUGAGGGCACCAUCCUGAGUGAGGGGAGCUUCAGUAAGGAUGAAGUGAGCCCUCCACACCCUGCCAACAAUCAUGUUCUGAGAUUAACAGAUCGCUCCAAUGGCUGUGCUGGUCAAAGAAUUGAAGUGCAACACCUCACUGACUUCCAGAAGGAGGCUGCCAAGUGCUUGGCCCUCACGUCACCAUUAGCUCCACAGAACAGCAGUAAAACGCCCUGGGAGGAGUUGAACAAAGGAGACCCUUUCAGUGUAAUCAACAUUUACUUAAAGAACCUCAAUGUUAAAGUGAAUGACAGGAAUUCUCCAUCUGCUUGCUCUUUAUCAUCUGAAGAUUGCCACAGAGAUGCAGCAGUCUAUGAAGAUGACUUUGUGUCAUUUCAUAGCAGCGGAGUUAGCCAACAGUCAAAGAACAGUUGCAGUCCACAUAGUGUGGGAAUGGAAAGUAAAAAGUCUCCACCAUCUCAAGGAAGACUGGCUUCUCCUUCAGCCUUUCCCGAUUUGGGUUUGCUUCAAGCUGCAGCCUCUCUGAAGAAUGAUUCUCGAAAAAAUGGUAAACUCCAUUAUUCACCAACCGCCCUGCAGCAGUAUAUGGCAGCAGAGCUCAAGUACCAGGAGUCCAUAGAUGAGUCAUUAAGACAGCUCGGGGAUGUGGAGAGGCUGAUUGGUCUGCCUGUGGCUCAGCAAGCCAAGCAGCCAAAGUCUCCACCAUUAAGGGCAUGUAUGACUCCAGACUCUUCUCCUGCUGCAGAUUUUUGCAGUGAACUUCCAAAAAAUGGCUUUAGUGUUGGGCCCAGUAACAGCAGCAGGGCAACGGGUAAUCUCCAGUAUUCGCCUACCAUCCUGCAUCAGCACGUGACUGCAGAGCUCCAGUACCAGGAGUCCAUAGAUGAGUCAUUGAAACAUCUAGGGGAUGUAGAGAGGCUGAUGGGUGUAUCCAUGGCCCAGCAGGAGAAUGCUUCAUUGGUGCAGAUACUGAAGGCCAAACAGCAGAAAUAUGAUAAUGACAUUUACGAGCAGAAGAUCCAGGCUGAAAGAAAGGCUCUUGAGGCCCAGCUGCAGCGGGAAGAAGACAGGCAGAGAACAGCCAGGGCUCAUGAAGAAUUGCUGGAAAAACUGGUGUUAACUCAAAAAGAGACGGCUGAAGCAGCGCGUCACAUCAAAGAGUUGACUGAUCUGGCACGGACUCAGAUCGAAGGAGCUCUGGCUGUGUCUGUUGUUGUGCCCGAGUCUUUAGUUCUGAGCAAGCACCAGCGGGAAAAGCAGAAGUCGGAUUCUGAAAGCAUCCAGAGAGAGGAGGAAUCAAGUCAAAGCCUCAGUCAUACUGACUCACGGCCAGUGCAAAGACCGAACCUCAUUGGUGCAGACGCUAGCUGUUCCAAUACCACUUCAUGCACAUCUACAGAUCAUAUCAAGGAGGUGAACAUAGAAGAAACAGAAUUGAUAUGGAAGAAAGAAGAUGACAAGCGGGCACAGGGGGAAGCAGGCAGCAAUUCAAUAGAGGAGGAAUGUCCCACUGCAGACAACGACUCCAUCUGUAGUGAAAGCAUCCCAUCUGUAGCUGAUGACAAGGAGUACUCCUUCAAGUUUGACUCGUCCAGGACGGAGGAUGAGGUGGAAGAGUGCUCCUUCAGCUCUUUGCUGCCAUCUAAGGUGCACCGUGGUAGUUCUUUGGAGAACAGGCCACACCACCACGAGGAUUCAGAGGAUGAAGCUGCAGAUGACAGCACAACUGUAGUCUCAGUGUCACAUCAUGUUACAAAGAAUCAGAAUCCAAAUCUGGCCUUUUCUAGUGGACAGGACAGCUUCAGCCGGUUCACCAUGGGCAUGGUUCGUCAGCACAUGAAAGAUGAGGACUUAAGACUGCAGCAUCAGAAUGCUCUGCUGCGUCUACGCCAGAAAGCUGUCAAAGAAAAGAUCAGAACUGAGCUGGCGUGGCUGGAGCACCAGAAGAAGCAGCUGAGGAACAAGGGCGAGGAUGACAAAUUACCACCUAUUAGGAAAAAGCAGAAGGGCCUUUUGUUAAGACUUCACGAGGAGCAGGCUGAGAUCAGGCGUCUUCAAGAAGCGAACAAAGCCGCAAGGAAAGAAAAACAGCUGUUGUUGAAGCAGCAAGAGGAGAUUGAGCGGAUGAGGACCUCAACACAGAGACUGAAAGAACGUCUCAAGUCUGCUGGGUGUGAAGUGCCUUCUGAAACUCCAGUGUCAGAAACGCCCGUGUCAGAAGCAGCAGCACACAACAUGAGACCUCCGGAUGACAGCCGCACCCCAUCACCGUCUCCUUCCAUCUCUGCAAGUGAGACCAGCAGCAUCAUGCAGAAGCUCAAGAAGAUGCGUUCUCACAUGGAUGAAAAACACUGUUCCCCCGUCCACUGCUUCUUCUCUGUGUUCACGGCCCAGCACUGGGCCUCUCUUAGUGUCUGUCUUCCCAACCUUCAUCCUAAAUUCCAGCUUUUUAUCUACAACCAGUUGGACAGAUUCCUGACUAAGCGGGAGCAGCAGUUGAUGCAUAGGCGUCAUCACGCUGAGGAGCUGCUGCAGUGGAAAAAGCGUCUUGAUCAAGAGGAGGCAGAGGUCCGGAGGAUAGAAAAGGAGGCCCUGGCUAGUUGGAGAGAGGGCGGUAUCAUAUCGCAGAGUCGGAGCAAGGCGAUCUCUGAAAUUAUCCCCAAGUCCAGUCACCAUCGAAACUCAGAACCAAGAGCAGUUCGUGAAAAAGAGUACAUGACUGAGGAUGAUUAUUCCUCAGCAACAUCUGAGGGCAGUAUACAUACAGAAGGACACUUCCAGGAACCAAAAAGUCCAUCCUCAGCACAGACUUCAUCAGUGGCUGAAAUAACACUGGCCUCCAACCUGAGCAGCCCUACAAAUUACAUUGAUGACUUUGCUUCACUCACACUGAGCAAGCAGUCUUCUCCAGUCAAAGGUAGCCACAAACGUGUCUCUCCAUCUGAUAUCAGCAGUGUGAGCAAGACGCAGCUUCACUCCUCCUUCCAAAUAUCCAAGCAGGAACCAAAUCGGCCGGUGGAAACACCUAUUUCUUCACAGACCGAACCCAUUUCAGAGCAGAGUGAUAUAGAAACCCGUAUCAAGGCCCUGAAAGAGGAGCUGAGAAAACGCAAGUAUAUGGCCAGUCAGCUCAAAAGGGAGCAGAAGAUGAGGCAUAAGGAGCGCCUGAAGGCACAAGAGGCGAGCCUGCUCAAACAACUGGCGAGCUAUGACAACUACAUUGGAAAAACUAAGGCAGAACUGAACAAAGACCCUGAGCCAAUGCCUCAGAAGAAAGAUUACACCUUAGUUGUAGAUCAAUCCAGACUCUUAUCUCCUAUCAAAAGGUCUGAAACCAGUGAAAUACCUACUGUGGGGCUACACAGUAGUUCAUCACUUCACCAAAGUCAUAACAGAUCUACCUCGGCAUCUGAAGAGCUCAAUGUUGAAGCUAUCGCGCCAUCCUCUGUACGUGGCGGUCCAGAUUUCCUGGCAUCAGGUCGAGAGAUGGGUCAAUCACCAGACUCUUUAAGACCCUCUGCUGAAGAUGCUAAGUCACAAAUAAUUGAGUCUGAAAAGGAUGACACUGUGUUGGAUUCACAUUCUGCUGCAGUGGACCUCAUUGCACACUCUGACAAGCCCCCAUCCAUUGACCAUUCCUGUAGACAGGACUUGGAUGUCAUUUCCUCAGUGAAGGAGGCACCGAUACGGGAUGUCCAGGCUUCUCCUCUGACAGAUUACCAAGAUGACUUUGAGUCAUCAGUACCGUCUUCACCUAGGAAGGAGCAUAUUUCUAAGCCGGAUUCAGUUUGCCAUACUGAAAUCCAGUUUGCCAGUCAAGAUGAAGCGAUUGAAGAGGAGAUUGCUGAAGACUUGAGUCACUGUUCUGUUGCUAGUGGUGCAAGCCAUGAAUCUAGUCGACUACUAGAUUUCCUUCAGGGAGCUGAGGACUUUAACAAUGAUAGUCAUAGUAUUAAUUCCAUCUCCCCAGCACCCAUCUCUAUCUCACACAGCCCUGUCUCUCUGACUAUAGAUGAAAUGCCAAGUUUCAACAUCGGAGACCGUGUUCUUGUUGGUAACGUCCAGCCCGGGACACUAAGGUUUAAAGGUCCAACCAGCUUUGCUGGAGGCUUUUGGGCUGGUGUGGCGUUAGACAAGUCUGAGGGGAGCAACUGUGGCACCUACAAUGGAGUAGUAUACUUCGAGUGCAAAGAACGUCAUGGGAUCUUUGCUCCUCCUGAAAAGAUUACUCAUCUGUCCAAUAACUUUGAGCUCUUCACAGACACUGCUGUACAUGACGAAUUGUACUCUGAUGAUGUGUCAGAUCAGUGUGAGGAUGAACAGAAAAGUAAAGAAGAUAUAUCUGAAAAUAUAAAAAUUCUGGAGAAAAGUGAAGAAACCUCUCAUAAUGAUGUGUUGGUAGAGUUCACAAAUGUAGCAACUAACCUAGAGCAAAACCUUAAUAGCCAGGAACUACUAAAAGCUGAAAUACACCUCGAUUCCCAACAUCACGAUCAAUCCAUACCACAGAAUGGCCAAGAGAUAACUAGCAUUGUCAACAAGGAAAAUGUGGUUGAUCAGUACUUGCCACCAAUUAGUCAGGAGAUUGCCAAAGUUGAGAAUGACAAUUCUCUUGACCAGUCCACACGAACAAAUAGUCAAAAGAUUUAUUCGAUAACUGAAAAUGACAACGGGCUAGACCAAUAUGUGCCACGAAAUAGUCAGGAGAUUUCUGCAGUAGUUGAGAAGGAAGAGGUGGGCCCAGAUAACGAGUUGAUAUUUUCAGGGGUUUCCCAUGUAGCUGGUGAUCACAAGGACGUGCAGAAGGAUCAAAUUUCUCCGGACACAUUAGCAGACAAACUACUGAGUACCUUUGUGAUUGACACCGUUCAGCAUUUGGUUCAGAUUAAAAGGGCUAAAGAGCAGAAAAUUGAAGCUUCCAAUCAGAUCAACGGCGGCAUCAUCGUUCAGUCCGAGGAACAAGGGUUUAUUUCGUUAGUGGAACCACAUGAUGGUCUAUCUUCUUUUAUACCUGAAGAGGAGCCGUCCUCUCCAGAGUUGUGUAACCGACCGGAAAGUCCAAUUUUGGGGGCCAGUGGGCAAGAAGAACUUGCCAAGCGACUUGCUGAGUUGGAACUGAACCGAGAUCUGCUGGAGGAGCUAGGUGACGAUCAGGACUGGUUUGAUGAGGACUUUGGCCUCACCUCUCGUAGGGAACAGCAGAAACUCCAACAGAAGCAGAGGGAGGAAGAGAAGAGGCUGGGAGCAGAGCUGGGAAGGUCUGGUUCCUCAUCUGAAGAUCCCCUGAGGGGACUUGUCUCACACCCAGAUGGGGACCAGUCGGUGAAGACUCCGCCAAGACCCGCCCUCCCACUGCCCCCUAAACUGCCAGAACAACCUGCCAUGGUGGUGCCCCACUCAGCUGGUGAGGUCGAAAAGAUGGUCCAUGCUACUAUUCAAGAGAUCUGGGAGAGCUGUGGCCUUACAAAGGAGGGAAGUGUUUCACUUUCACUUAUGGCCUGCUGCAAACCUUCUCAAGAGUUUUUGGGUGUUGAAAACAGCACGAAAGACCUGGAGGCCCUCUCCAUCCGCAGCUACAAACAGGCUGUGUAUGACCUGACGAGGGAGAUCCUCCAGGAAAUAUAUGCUGAAGACCCAAAUGCCAAUCAGCCUGAGUGGGUGAAACCACAGCGAGUCAGAUCUGCCUUUGCCCACAGACUCAAGACACCAGGAGACAUCAAUAAAGUGCUGGAAUUUGUCACAGAAGAAGUUCUGAAACUUUACGGUUUGGCCAAGAAUAAGAGUAAAAAGUCUGACUGGCAGAAGAUGCUGAAAUUCGGCCGAAAGAAACGAGACAGAGUUGAUCAAAUACUGGUACAGGAACUCCAUGAGGAGGAGGGUCAAUGGGUCUGCUACGAAGAAGAUGAGCUGUCAGUCAAGAUGCAGCUGGCAGACAGCAUUUUCGACAUGUUACUGAAGGACACUGCUAACUCGCUGAGUCUCCUCACCAAGAGGGCCGCCAUCAGUUGAAUGUAGUCCACCUUAAAUCUAGUAAAUACGUACAUGGGUUUGAAAAGUGCAAUAGAGGCACUGAGAAACAAAAAAACAUAGUAAACGUUGUAGGUGGCCAAUCGGUUGAUCAGUGGCACAUUUUCUUCUGUCCAGUCUACACUACAGUCAGUAAUGUCAUUUGUCGCCUUUUUAUCAAGUCAUUGUGGGUCGGGACAUUUGCCUUAAACUCAAUUUACUGUCAGUCAUCCUCCCUCUACAGUGGUUUUUUGUUCCCUCUCUUCUUCUUUUGUUUUCCAACAAGUCAUGUUGGCCUUAAAACCUUUGCAUAUUGUAACAUGUUCUUUCAAUGUCAGUAACUGUAAUGUGUCACUGAUCUGAAACAUUUAGACUGCCCUCUAAUGGGACAUCACAGAUACGAUAAUGUGUAUUAUAUUUAAAAUAUUUUAUUUAUUUUGUGGGGAAAAAACUAAAAAAUUGAAUAGAAGAGAAAGUAAACUCUGGAAUUGUAUAUUAUCCUGUCAAAAUAUAAAGAGUUUUAAUGUUUUUCAAAUCAAAUCUAUGAUCAUCUAAUUGUAAAAGCACAAGUGUGAUUGUGGCAAUAGAUUUUAUGUCAGAGAUUUAAGAGAAUGAAAAGACCAUGUUUAGUAUUUAAGAGUCACAUUAAUUAUAAUUGUGUCCCACUUUUGAGCUGCGUUUAUAAUAUCAGCACUGUGUGCAUUAAUGGUAACUAUCCAUGCAGCUUCCAAGUAAAAUACUACUGAUUUCCUUUUUUAACACUUUUUAGGCGAUUCUUGGUUGCUUCUGUUAACCAAUGUAUACAGCAGGUUUAGGAUUCUCUCAAAUAGAUACACUACAUAUUAGCAUACAGCGUGAAAGUAGGACACAAAAUGAUUAAAUACUGUACUACGGUACUGAAAUGCUGGAUUUGAAACAUUUACGAUUAACAACCAUCAGCCAAGAACAUAGCCAACAUAGCCAGGUGGUAACGGUCAACAUUCAGUUCAAGUGCCUCUGUAUGUUGUAAGAACACUGAUUGCUCAUCAUGUUUUGGACCUCCCUUGAAUGUCAUGUUUUUCAACUGCUGUAAAUGAUCCUUUUUAAAUUAUUAUUCUCCUCUCUUAGCUGGUUUGUCAAGUACAGCCUCAGAACUUCAGUUUUGGCCUUAUCGCUCCUGUUAUGUCCAAGCUUACUGUUUGUGUUUAACCUUCUCGUGUUUCUGUGCCUCAGCCUGAUGACCACGGUUGAGUGGUUACCAUGACACAGUAAAGACUCUCAAAUUGUUUUUCCCAUGAACACGCCGGCUCUCUCCUUGGCCUUGGAAUGACCUUAUUUUGGUCCUGUAUUUUUUGGGGGAUUUGUUUUAAGAUGAAGUGCCCUUAAACCCGUUCCUACCCCUUUUUUUUUUUUUGUUUGUUUUUGUUUUGUUAAAUAGUCACUGGUUAGAUAAUGUACCAAAAAUGUGAUGCCAACCUCAGCUCUCCCAGAUUGUCUUCUUGAAACGAUUGUAUAUUGGAGAAAGCAACCUUCUCUGUUAUAACUAUGCAGUGCUUCAGGUAGUUGACUGAACACCUUGUUAGCCCUGUCGUCUGUCCAAUACCUUUAUCUUCUUGGUGUCGAGGAGAACCUUUUCUUCUCUGAAGUGGGAGGUAAAGCAACUUAAAUAUCUGGUCCUCGUUAGAUUUAUUAAAUUAACCCUAUCCCGCUAAUUUCCCCUUUUUAUUUUUGGAAAUGUUAAUUAAUAUUUAUAUUACUGUGCUGUGAGUGUGCACCAAGUGCACUUGGAUUGUACAAUACUUUUAUGGCUGUAUAUAUACUGUAGUCAAUCGGACCCACUCUUACUGGCAACUCAGUAAUUGUUGGCGAAUGAACGGUUUACUUUGCAAACAUGUACAUAAGAUUUGUAGACUUUGGAACUGUAAAUAAAGCUUUGUAAAUGAAUGCUCUGAGACCAUGUUUGAUUUAAUAAAAGAAAAAUUAGACAUUUCAUUAGGUACAACAGCGUCAUUUAAAUGUUUAAUAUAAGAACUGCAUCAAUUUGUCAGUUAUGCACUGUUCCUGUAGCAAAAUCAUAAAUCUGUUGCCAUUCACCUGUACUUG